AUGCCUUCUCAGCCCAGGAUCCAUCUUGUCCGUCAUGCCCAAGGCUUCCACAACCUGGGCUUCCAAUUCCACUCUCUACCGGACCCCAAACUCACCCCCCUAGGAGAGUCUCAAUGCGCGGCCCUCCAAGCAAACCACUUCCCGCCCUCCAAGCAGGAAUCUAUCUCCCUCGUAACGGCCUCUCCUCUCUCCCGGACUUUACACACUGCAUACCUCACCUUCGCCCCUGCCCUCGCCAAUGGGAAAUGCCAACCUAAGAUCCUUGCGAUUCCCGACGCCCAAGAAACAAGUGACUGUCCUUGCGACACUGGAAGUGAUGUACCUGUGCUACAAAGAAUCUGUGCUGAACAUGGCUGGCCGGUAGAUCUCUCAUAUCUGAGCGAGGACUGGAACGUCAAGACACUCUCCAACCGUUAUUCGCCCGCCAGCGAAGCCAUCAAAGCUCGUGCUAGAGACACCCGACUUCUCCUACGACGGAAGGCACGAGAACUGGCUGAAAAUGGUGAUGAGGCCGUCGAGAUCGUCCUGGUCGCUCAUGGUGGAUACUUGCACUAUUUGACCGACGACUGGGAGAAUGCAACCCAGCAUGCAGGAACUGGCUGGGAGAAUACUGAGUUCCGCACCUACGUCUUCGAAUCGGAUUAUAUCUCAGACAACGAUGCGAAUGCUUACAUUGUCGAGACUAUGGACUCGCGUGCCCGUCGAGGUAUCGACUAUCCAAUGCACGGCCACGAGAAGCAGACGGAACUAUACCAUCAGAUGAUGCAAGGGUGGGAAGACCAAGGACUGCAGAACCCCGCCAAAAUUGACGCAGUGGAGGAUAACGAACUGGAGGCUCAUGAUCUCGCGGACAAGGAGAUGACUUUGGAAGCGACGGCUGGAGCAAUCAAAGUUAUGGCUUAG